ACAUAUAUAUUGAUCUGAUGAUUAUCCCAAAUGGGGAAACUAACACAACAAAAAACAAGCUCAUGAGCUCUAGCCAAGCUUUCGAAAAAUGGCUUAUACUACAAAGAAUGGAUUUAAAUUGAGAAGCAGAAACUAUCAGUUUCUCACAGCUUUUGUCAUCUGUAUGUUAUUCUUAAGGACCACAAUAUCGCAUGCUUUCAAAGACGGCAUCAAUGGCCGUUAUGAUCAUAGUUCUCAAACGCGAGACCGGAAAGGAAUGGAGGGAGGAGAAGAGGAAUGGGGAAUGGUGGAGAAGAACGGGAACGGGCAAUUCGUGGUGAUGAACGGGCAACAACCGUUUUACGUGAACGGGUUCAACACUUACUGGCUGAUGGUAUUUGCUGCAGACGAGUCGACCAGAGGGAAAGUGAGCGACGUGUUCAAGCAGGCGUCUUCUGUGGGCAUGACCGUUUGCCGCACUUGGGCUUUCAAUGAUGGCCAGUGGAGAGCUCUCCAGAUAUCCCCCGGCGUCUAUGACCAAGCCGUCUUCAAGGGAUUGGAUUUUGUGGUGAGCGAAGCAAAGAGAUAUGGAGUGAGGCUUAUACUGUCCUUUGUGAACAACUGGGAUCCCUAUGGAGGAAAAAAGCAGUAUGUUAAAUGGGGUAAAGAUGCAGGCCUGAAUUUGACUUCAGAUGAUGACUUCUUCUCAAACCCCACUCUCAAAGGGUACUACAAAUCCCAUGUUAAGGCGGUCGUCAACAGAGUAAAUACCAUCACGGGCAUUAAGUACAAAGAUGAUCCCACGAUUUUCGCGUGGGAGCUUAUGAAUGAGCCACGCUGUGAUUCUGACCCGUCCGGAGAUACACUGCAGAAUUGGAUACAAGAAAUGGCAGUCCAUGUGAAGAGCAUGGAUCCACAGCAUCUAGUGGAGAUUGGGUUGGAGGGUUUCUAUGGCCCUUCAACACCCAAUAGGACACCAUUCAACCCAAAUUCCUAUGCUCAGCAAGUUGGAACAGAUUUCAUCAGAAACCAUCAAGCUCUUGGUGUUGAUUUUGCUUCUGCCCACAUUUACCCAGAUUCUUGGAUAUCGAGAGACAUAAACACGGCGCACUUGGAAUUCACCAAGUCAUGGAUGCAAUCCCACAUUGAAGACGCCGAGAACCACUUAAGAAUGCCCAUCAUUUUCACAGAGUUUGGAGUCUCAACAAAAGAUCCCGGUUACAACUCGACGUACAGGGACACCAUCCUCAACACUGUGUACAAGACAAUCUUGAACUCUACCAAGAAAGGCGGAGUCGGUGGUGGGGCCCUGCUGUGGCAGCUCUUCCCCGAGGGGACAGACUACAUGGACGAUGGGUAUGCAAUUGUUCUUUCAAAGGCUGCCUCUGCGUCGCGCAUCAUUUCUCUUCACUCCAAGAGGCUUAAAAUGUUCAAUUCCCAAUGCUCUUAUAAAUGCCGGUGGGGUUGCAAGAAGACGAAGAAGAAGAAGAGUGAUUCGGAUAUGGAUAGAGCUUUACUUGAUCAUGAUGAGCUUUAAUCUUAAACCCUGCGUAUAUAUGUGUUAUAUAUACUGUGCUCCUGUGUUAUAUAUCUGUCAUAUUGUGAAUUUGUGAAGGUAAGCUCAAAGAAUCAAUAGAAGGCUUCAUUUCAUUGUAUUGAACACCAGAAAAAAACAUUUGCUAUAAUCAGAGCUCCAAAAACAUUCAAGAAAACUAGGCCCUGUUG